AUGUCCAACACAGAUUCAGACAGCUUUGUCAAUAUAUCUUCCUUUCUCGGUUCGGGCAGCGACAUCUCUAAAGACCAGAUGAAGACGGAUGUUGUCUCACCUUCCACGUCUCACGGACACAAUGAAGAGCAGCUCACAGACCUUCCUAACGAAUGGAAAGUUCCCUCAGAUCCCCGCCUUCGGGGCUGGUUCACCUUCUGCGGCUUGUUUCUCAGACAGCCUGAUCUGGAGGAAUUGUGGCAGGAGGUGAGAAAGGCGAAUGGCUGGAAGAAGUAUAACCAGCGCUUGCGCGAUGCGGUGAUGUGGAUCCAAGAGGGCUUCUCCUGCAUGGGAGUGUGUUACAGUGCGUCGUUCAAGUUCACCAGCGCGAUGAUGGAGGCAAUUGAGGAUGCCAAACAGAAGGGCGAGCAAGUAUCCAAGCUGAUGGGAUUAGAGGUCCUGUGUCACGUCGGUUGCUUUCGCAUGAUACGGUUUUCUCUCGCCUACUCUUCAGCGUUUCUCGCGGGUGGUAGGCUCUUUGGUUUUGGAAUUCAUCUUGGUUCUGACUCGUUGUAA